UGUAAACACAAAAUACGCCUCAUCCCUCGUCGGAUAAGAGUCACAGUGGACUGAAUUGGUGAGAUUAACCCGAAUAGCCGUCGUUGGCCCGCGAAAAACGCUCCGUGUCCGUCGUGAGUAAUAUGCGUUAAGGAGCAGACAGGCGACGCCAUGGACUUCUACAUCAACCUGAAGGUGAAUUUCAGAGGAAAUUCCAAGAAUUUCCUGCUGUCGGGAUCCGAGACCAAGAGCUGGGAGUCGAUGGAGGCCAUGGUGAAGCGUUCGUUUGGCCUGUGCAGUCUUCAGCUGACCUACUUCGACGAGGAGAAUGAAGAGGUGUCCAUUAACAGCCAAGUGGAGUACGAGGAGGCGCUGAAGAGUGCAGCGAGGCAGGGGAACCGUCUGCACAUGAACGUGUACGAGACUCGGGGCCAGCCAGCAAGGGUCUCCACCACCAAGGCCAGUGGAGCAGAGCCCAAGAGAGGCUUCAGACCCCCACAGCACUGCCCUACUCUGGCCCAGGUGGUUAGUCGCAAGGUCCAGGCUGCAGUGCCAGAACAGGGCAUGCAGGUGAUCAUGAAAGAAGUAAAAGGGACCAAAGAAGAAGACAAGACUCCUCCAGCCUGGUUUACCUCUUACAUGGAGAAGUUUAAGGACCAGGUGGUUCGCGAGGCGGUGGAGAAGAUCUGCCGGGAAUUCUCCGGACAGUGUUGCAUCCACAAGCCUUUGGGGGGUGGAGGAGGAGGGGGAGCGGUGGGAGGCAGAGGGGAAACAGUUGGAGGAGCGGAGGCCCAGCAAGUCCCUGAGAUUUCCUCCUCCACCUUACCCGGAGCGCCAUCCUCCUCCUCCACUCCUCCCUGCUCGUCCUGUAGGGGGCAGACUACAGGGGGAGGCUACCAGUGCAGUGUGUGUACAGCCUGUACUCUGUGUGAGCCCUGCAGUUUCUCUCAUGAUCCCAGUCACAACCUGGUGAGAGCCAGGACUCCUCUGUCCAUCCCGGAGCACGGAUCACCUGCACCAGACCACAGCAGGUUUUACAGGCGAGGCGACCGCAGUUUCCGGAAGGCGGAGAAGCAGCGGCUGAAAGCGGAGAAGCGCCUGCUGAAAGCUGAGGUCAAAGAGAUCAGGAAACAGCUGAGGAUGGAGAGGCGGGGCUUACAGUGGAGCUCCUCCCACCGAGAUGGAAGCUCCUCCCCCGUGCUUCUGCAGCCUCGAGCCACCCAGCAUAACAGCCCUGAGCGUCCAAAGCGUCCCUGUCCACUGGUGGUUCCAACCAUGACUGCUGCAUUUCUGGACGAGAACCUUCCCGACGGAACCCGACUGCGUCCUGGGACCAAGUUCAUCAAGUACUGGAAGAUGAGGAACACUGGAACAAUCGGCUGGAGCGCCGAUACUAAGCUGAAGUUCAUGUGGGGGAACUUGGCGGUGGGAUCUGGGGACCGUUGGAGAGAAGUGUCUGUUCCCUUUCUCCAGCCAGGACAGGUCGGCAUAGUGAGCGUGGCUCUGUGUGCUCCCACUGUGGAGGGCUCCUACACCUCCCACUGGCGUCUGGCCCACGCCGGAGAGCAGUUUGGACCCAGGGUCUGGUGCAGCAUUGUGGUCGACCCUCUGGCUCCGGCGCCUAUGAUGGUUGAUGGGAUACUGGUGUCCCCCUGUGUCACGCCACAGGGGAAGAACCCAGUGACAAAGGAUGGGAAAGCCUGUGCAGCUUCGAGGGAGCAACCUCUCAUGUCUGUGGACCAAGAAGAAUACUACAUCCCUUCUGUUGACCUGCUCACUGCACAGGAUCUUCUGUCUUUUGAGUUGUUGGAUAUCAACAUCGUCCAAGAGUUGGAGAGUGUCCCAAAUAACACUCCUGCUGACAUGACUCCCUGCAUGUCUCCUCUGCCUCAAGAGGGCCACCUACAGGACAAGAGUAGUCCUUCUUUGGGUCUGAUCCAGGAAGAGACAGAAGUUAUCAAUAGCAUCAUGGAUGUCCCACAUGGCGCAGGAUCUGGAGCUGAAGGGGGCGGAGUCCCGGCUCAGGAGGAAGGCGAGGAUGACAUCAGCGGGACUCAGUUUGUUUGUGAGACCGUGAUUCGCUCAAUGACACUGGAGGAGGCCCCUGACCAUGCCCCUUUAAGAGGGUCCCGCCCAGGUACAGGUAAAGUGGUGCGUCCAGCUGCUCAGGGCGGCUCCUGCGCUAAGAGCAAAGUGGAGGAGAGCCCGGACAGCAGCCCCGACAAAAGCCCCCUCAAACCACCUGCUACGCUCAAAGCUUCCCUGCCAUCCCCGCUGAAAGCCUCCCUGCCCGCUCCCCUGUCUGUGGCCCCGACCCCAGGGCUUGGCCCGAGCUCAGCACCGACCCCGCUCCACGCUCCGCCCAGAGCCUCCACACUGCAGGAGCACAUAGCCACAGGUGAAAGCGAGGAUCCCAACAUAGAGAACAUCUGUGUGGAGUCCACAGCGAAGGACAGCGAGAAGGAGCCAGAGGAGGGGAAGGAGAAAGUACUAGAGGAAAAGAGGAGUCGCUCCUCCUCCACCUCCUCAGAGGAUUACAUCAUCAUCCUCCCUGACUGCUUUGACACCAGUCGGCCACUGGGGGAUUCCAUGUACAGCUCUGCUUUGUCCCAGCCUGGCGACAUCUCUGCCAAGACCCCCACAGACCCUGACAACCCAUCUUCUGAGCAGCUGGGCAGUACCACCUCUGAUGGGGAGCUAGGCGAGGCAGAUGAAGGCGGUGCAGCUUCAGUGACGGGCAUGUCAGGUGCCAGCAGUGCCAAUGACAUGCUGUGUACCUCUCAGACGCUGGAUGAUGAGCCACUGACACCUGAGGUGGUGGCACCGCCUAAAGCCAUCGUCACACCAAGUCCAGAGAGCAGCGGAGAAACAGACGUUGAUGCUGCUGCUGCUGCUGCUGCUGCAGGAGGAGAAGCUGAAGACUCUGAACUGUACCAAACUGAGGAUGCCUCUGGUUCUGAAGAAACCCGGACAGAUGCUGCUGAAGCUACUGAAGACACAGAGGAAGAAAACCCUGAAGACCCCAGGUCUCACACACACUCAAACUUAAAGGAUACGUUCACAAAUUUUCAAGCAUCCAGGCAUCACCAGCGGUCUGGUGAAGGGAGCUCUGUCAGUAGCUGCUUCUGCCUACAAAGCCCUGUUUACUGGACAAGGACCCACACAGCCACCAGUGGACGCGUCUACCCAGGACACCAUGAUGGCCGUGCUGGUAGAGAUGGGAUUCGGGGACCGUCCGCUCAACCAGCGGCUGCUGAAGAAACACAACUACAACCUGCUGGACGUGGUCAACGAGCUCGUUCAGAUGACCGACAAUGAUUGGUACUCCACACGCUACUGACCAGGGAGAGAGGACAUGGAGGGAGAAGAACAAAAAAGGAGAGAAAAGGAGGUGAAAGAAAAAUUGAUAGACGAAGACAGAAGAGGAGGAGGCAAGACUGGAAGAGAGCAUUUUAUUUCUGCUCAUCUACCUUUUUAACCUUCCUCCUUCUGCCCAUCUCUGCUCUGAUUGGUCCAAUUGGAUGGAGAUCAAUCUACUCUAUGACCAUAUAAGGAGACAUUCCAGAAAACUCUUUGGGAAACUGUACUAGACCAUUAAAUACCCACUGUCUGUAAUAUUACAUUCAGCAUAGGCCUUGAUAGUGGCAGGUCGACUACUUUGCAAAGGAAGUUAAGAGAGAUGAAGAAUGUGACUCUCAAAAGAGCUAUGUGUAGCAUUCCCUAAAAAAACCACAUAUCCUAUGAGCCUUGCUGCAGCCUACAAACGGAUGAUGUUCUAUUUAUUUUGAAAAGUGAAGCAGUGAAGCAGCAGUCUGACAGACUUGACAGUUAAUGUGUGAUGCAGCUCAGAGGCUACAGUGGUUUAAUACACCAACAUUAAAAUAAAAGUAGUCAUUUGUUAGUGUUGAAAUGCUACACACAGCACCUUCCUGCUUUAACCUUUUACCUGGGAUGGUGAUCAAAUAGGAAAUGUCCACAGCCGCACUGAGAACAGUUGUGAGGAGAUCCACAUCACAAGUCACUUUUGUAUCUAGCCAUUUUAAGCAGAGCAUGUGUACACAUGCAAGUCAGUCACAGUGUAUAUUUUUGCCACACAGCAAACAGCUCAGAGCUCUGGUAUACUUGCUUUUAACAAUAUCUUUGUGUGAGAGUGAUGGCUUCCCCUCAUAUCCUGCGUUUUUCCUAAAUUUGAGCAAAUCCUCAAAAAUGUAGAUCCAAUUCAGUCCAUGAACAGGAUGUGAUUGAAGGUCAGAAGCAGACUCUGAACAAAUGAAAGCAACAAUGAUGAAAUGCUUUCAAUGGAGAUUUAUAAAGCUUGUUGCUCAAUAACUAUCUCAAAUGUUAAGUUAUUAUAAUGUGCAACAUGAGAGGUUCUCAAGGAGUGUUGUCCAUGUCUGCCAGGCAUGAUUUGGCCUAUAUCAAUCUAUCAGCUGCAACAAUUAUUUUCCUCAUCAAUUAAUCUGGAUUAUUUGACUAGGUUUUUUGGUCUAUAAAAUAUCAGGAAAUGUUUAAAAAUGUUGAUCACUGUUCUCCAAAGCCCAAGGUUAUAUCCUCAAACAGUCCACAACCCAAAGAUACUCAGUUUACUGUUAUGGAAGACUGAAGAAAUCAGAAAAGAUACACAUUUGGACUUUCUUUUCUUAAGAUUAUGACUCAAAACAGUUAUGAGAAUAGUUGGUGAUUAAUGUAAUAGUUGGUAAUUGAUUAAUCAACUAAUUGUUGCAGCUCCCAGUCACACCAGAAAGCAGCAAAGUAAGUUUAUCCUGGUGAUAGAUACUUAUUGAUGCACGAAUACAAUCGUGUCACUUUUGGUCUCACAGAUACAUUUUAUCCAAUUAUCACUCACACUUAUUCAAACAAAGUAAGUAAAGCAAGUAUAUGAGUGUCAAAUGCCCUUGCCUACACAUUGAUGUUGGUAAAAGCAGGUAUAUCGUGGGCCUUCGAUCUUGGUACAAAGUGAUUGUCUGUGCCCCUUUUAGGUUUAAGUAUCUUUGACUAUGGCUGCAAGUUUGAUUCAUUUUUCUGUUUGUUUCUUUCAUAACUUAUGUCCAUAUCACUGGAACAUAUUUCUUAAGGAUUCCACACAUCUUUCACUGUACUGUACACGUAACCUGCUGAAGACGAGUAGAUGACUACUGAAAGCAGAACCACAUUCCCCUGUGUUGCUUUGGACUUGGAGAUAGCAUUUGCGCAUGAAAGCUGACAAGACACAGAGACAAUUCAUCUAACCCUAACCGAUAUAGACUUCUUCCUGGGCCACGUUUGUGUCUAUAGGUUCGAGCAUCUUUCUUAAACCUGUUUGUUGUUUCGAACAUGUUAGCUGGAUCUCACAACAGGAAUCCUUUGUGUUCUCCGAACCUCCUGGUUAGAUUAAAGGUUUCGGAACGCUUUAAAUGAACCAGUUCGUAAAAGACAAGACACUGUUAGAUUAUCUGACAAACACUUUGUUUGAAAUAUACUGAGGCUUGAGGUUCCAAGUGAAAGCUUUCCAUUCCAACGGUUUAAAAAAAAUCAUUUUUUUUCUUUUCUUUUUACAUAUGACAACGAUCUUUACAAAUCAACCUAAGAGACCAAGGCUGCUUUAAGUUGAGUUAGAUGGGCUACGUUCAAUGACUUUGAUGCAAUAAUUUGACAUUUUCGGAAACACCCUUGUUGCUUUCUUGCUGAGCGUUCAUUGAAAAGAUUAGUAUCACUCCCACUGGCUUGGAGCGUAUUAAUCUUCGCACCCAACUCUUGGCAGGAGGCAAAUAAACGUGUCUUCCCCCUUAAUGUCGAACAGUUGCUUUAGCCAGCACGCAGAAUUCAGAUGUGUCCUCAUGACUUGCAUCUCUUCAGCAAAGCUCAUAUUUCUAUAAUCUUGCAUUCAUGUUAUCCGUUUGUGCUUCUUCAAAGGUGGUCAAAUGUAGGGACUGGUACAGUCCUAAAGGAUGCACAGACUUUCCUUUGAGCACAUUAAGAGUUUGUACAGUAACAGGAAGGUCAUUCCGCACUUAAACUGGAAUCUAACAAUGUGUAACAAUGUGAAAUGUGUAUUUUUUUCCCUUCACAAACGUAUGAAUAUACAGAACCUCCUAGUCGGAAGCAAUGACUAUCAGUUGACUUCAUUAGUUACGGUUAAGAUUUAAGAUUAUUUAAGGUGUUUUAUCUUCGAAUGCUUGAAGGCUGUUUGGAAAUGUAAAAUAAUAGAGCCGUGGAUGUUGAUGUAUUUUUUAGGCUUAUUGUGCGGUGGUUGAAUUUGCUCUGCUGUAUGUUGCGUUAGUGUUUUCCUUUGUAAGAAAAGAUUAAUUGAAGAUUGUUUUUUAUUUUGCACAUGAGAGGACUAUACGGGGUUGGAGUUUUAGAAAUCAUUUUUAAGAAAUCAGCACUUGUUGUAGAAUUAGGAUAAACCGUGUGCAGAAAAAUACAUUUAUAAAACAGUGGUCAAAAAUAACUUCAGCACAGAAACACUAAUUCUGUUUUGUUUUUUAUUUAUUUGGGUUUUUUGGCAAAGCUGCAAAGUCAAAUAAAAAUCACUGUCAUCAGCAAACAAAAGACGUAAACCCUGCAUAAGGGUAAGUUUAAACCAUAUGAUUCAGCGUUUUUUCUACUUUGUAGCAACGCAGAAUAACAUAGAUAUCAGGUUUUGGAUACACACACACUACACUGAUAGUAGAUCCAAUCAUUGUUGGUUUGGGUCUGCACAUGAAAUUUGUUGACAGAAGAAAAAAUGUCACCACCCUUUUUUUUUGGGACUCUUGGUGAAUAGCUCCACACUUUUUGGUUAGCCUGGUUCUAACCAAAGUGUUAAAAAAAAUAAUGUGGGUUAUGUGCUGGACUAUUUGUUGGUGCAGUAGCUUCCUUGAGUCUUGUCUUCAUUGUGAGGAUACUAGGCAACCAUCUCCAUGAAGCUACAGCACCCAGCCAAACCACUCUUAAGCUAAGAUAAGCUAACCAGCUGCUGGCUGUAGCUUCAGAACUACCAUACAGACAUCAGAUUGAUAUAAAUCUCCUCAACGUCUCAACUCUUCCUUCAGGAGGUUAGACAUCAGAUGUUAGCUUUAACGUUGAGUGAUUACCAGCUUUGCAGCUCAGCCAAAAAAACCAAAACAAUUAAAAACCCACAUAACUUGAUAUUUGUUGGAGAUUUUAAUGGGACAUUUUCCGCUCAGCAGUGUUCAUUCUACAAAAACCAAAGUUCUGACUGAAAGUAUACACAACAGUGUGUAGCUGUCACCAACAAUACAACAGUACAGUUUUAUACAAAGACAUCGCUGUUGACAUUGGAUAGCCGAGUUUACUUACUGUGUAAUAUGAUGUGGAGGAGCUGUUAAUGUAGUGCUGCCAGCAAGAUGACGAUAAGUAAAAAUAGAUGGUAUUUAUGAAGGAAAUGGGAAAUGUGUCAAUGAAACAUAGUGUUUGUGUUUUUUUUCUUUUUAAUCAAGGUGUCCCAUCCUGAUAAUGUUGUGUUUCAGUGUCACUGUCUAAAUUGAAUGCAGCACUAAGAAUACAGUAUCUAGGGGGAAACACAGUUUACCUGAACUUCACAUCAUGUAUACCAGGGUUUCUAAUCCAUUUUGCAUCACAUCGACUCAUCUAAAUCUUGCCACAGUCCUAUUAAAAGACAACUGUUCAUGAUCUCCUGUAGGUAUUCAGUGAAGCCCUGCUGCCCGUGUCUAAUCCCAACUCCUACGUGGUCAAAUGAAUCCUGGAUAAAUGUGCACUUAAUGAAGGUGAAUCUCUGACAUUCUCAGACUGUACUGUAUUGUUUUGCUUUAACUAAAUUUAUGUGUUCCAUGAUGGACGGUCAGGUGAAAUAUUUUCAUAUUGAGAUAUAUAUGAAAAGUGAAGUGUUUUAAGCUAGAAGAGAAAAGCUGGAUGGUUUGAGCUUUUUUUCUGUGUUGCACUUUAUGACAUGGUUAUGAUGUACAAUUCAGUCUGUCUCCAA